AUGCACGCCCGCCACCUCGCCGCCAUCCUCGCCCUCCCGCUCCCCCUCGCCCUCGCCGCCAAGCCCAAAGAUGCCAUCCUCCUCUCCCAGGUCCAGUCCCUCACCCUCCGCGGCAACGGCGCCAGAACCACCCACCGCCGCGUCCCCGCCGUCCCCCAGCUGAAAUGCACAUCCUCAAGAGAGCUGUGCUCCCUCUACAGCAUCGACACCAUGCGCUGCACGAACCAGGGCUCCUCGUACGGCGGCCAAGACAUCGAAUGGAGCUGCACGGCCACCCUGCCCGAGGAGCUCAUACUCGGCAGUACCGACGUCGUCUGCGAGGGCUACGCGAGCGCCGACGACCCACACGUGCUCAAGGGCUCCUGCGGCGUCGAAUACAGCCUCAUGUUGACGGGCAAGGGCCAGGAGCGGUAUCCGCACCUGGCGAGCCCGGGUGGCGCGUAUUUCGGCGACGGGAGGGGCGGCACCGACCUGAGUGCGUGGUUGUUCAUGGCCGUGUUUGUCGCCGUCCUGGGGUGGAUUGUGUACUCGGCCUGUGUUGCCGGCAAUGGGGGCAGACCGCCGCGGGGGAAUGCUGGAAGGACAUGGGGAGGAUGGGGAGGAGGAGGGGGAGGAGGCGGAGGCGGAGGAGGAUGGGGACCCGGGAAUGAUCCCCCACCGCCGUAUCCCGGGACCAAGCCGUCGAGUUCGGCGUCGGGCUGGGGACCCGGAUUUUGGAGUGGUUUGGCGGGCGGUGCUGCGGCGGGAUACCUGGCUGGGAAUAGGAGUAGAAGCGACGACAGGCGAGGGUACGAUGGCGCGUGGGGGAGCAAUGCUUGGGGUUCCGGCCCGGCCAGUCCUCGCCCGUCGCCGGCCGCGUCUUGGCCAUCGUCGUCGUCCAGCGGGAGCUCAUCGAGACGCGAGAGUACCGGGUUCGGAUCUACUCGUCGUAGAUAG